GCACCACCAAAUUUCAAGAUGUCGACGGUUCAAAAAAUUAAGGAAAUCGAGGAUGAAAUGGCCAGAACCCAAAAGAAUAAGAACACAAACUAUCAUUUGGGUCAGUUAAAGGCUAAAUUGAGUAAAUAUAAGAAGGAGUUGUUAACACCUUCAUCCGGAGGUGGCGGUGGCCCAGGUGUUGGCUUCGAUGUAGCAAAAACUGGUUUGGCUUCCGUCGGUUUCAUUGGUUUCCCUUCCGUUGGUAAAUCAACUUUAAUGUCAAAGUUAACGGGUACACACUCUGAGCAAGCCGCUUACGAGUUCACUACUUUAACAACAGUACCUGGUACUAUGAAUGUAUUUGGCGCACCUAUACAAGUUUUGGAUUUACCUGGUAUUAUUGAAGGUGCAAAAGAUGGUAAAGGUAGAGGUAGACAAGUUAUCGCAGUAUCUAGAACGUGUAACUUGAUUUUCAUCGUUUUAGAUGUUCUUAAACCAUUAAACGAUAAGGGCGUUAUUGAAAGGGAAUUAGAAGGAUUCGGUAUUAGACUUAAUCAGAAACCACCAAAUCUUUCUGUUAAGAAGAAGGAAAAAGGUGGUAUAGCUAUUACAAAUACAGUACCACUCACACAAAUUGAACAUGAAGAGAUUAAAGCUGUUUUAUCAGAAUAUAAAAUUCCAAACGCCGAUGUUAUGAUCAGAGAAGACAUUUCUGUUGAUCAAUUAAUUGAUGUCGUUGAAGGUAACAGAGUGUAUAUACCUUGUAUAUACGUUCUAAACAAAAUUGAUGCAAUUUCAAUCGAAGAAUUAGAUUUAUUAUAUCAAAUUCCAAACUCAGUUCCAAUUUCUUCAUCACAAUGGUUAAACAUCGAUGAAUUAAUUGAAAUUAUGUGGGAAAGAUUACAAUUAGUUAGAGUUUACACAAGACCUAAAGGUAGAGCACCAGAUUAUACAGCACCAGUUGUUUUGAGAAGGGGUAGAUGUACAGUUGAGCACUUUGCUCAUGCUAUACACAAAGAAAUUGCUAAACAAUUGAAGUACGCAAUUGUUUGGGGUAAAUCUUCAAAGCAUCCAAGAGGACAAAAGGUUGGAUUAGAUCACGUUUUAGAUGAUGAAGAUGUUUUAUGUUUAGUUAAACAUUAAACACCUCUUUGAUCCAGAACGAUGACGAUUAUUGUUAAUAAAAAUAUUUAUAAAAAGCCAAUAAAUUUUAAGGAUUUAUCCCUCAGUUGCCCUGAGCUAAGAGAAUAUUUAAUACCUAUUAAUAAUAAAAAUUUUGAAUUCACUAUCAAUUUUAAAGACGAAGACUCUAUUAGGUGUUUAACUAAGUGUUUAUUAGAAAAAGAUUUUAAUUUACGCGUUAAAUUACCUUCAAAUAAUCUAAUUCCAACUUUACCUAAUAGAUUGGACUAUAUAAAUUACAUUUUUGAUCUCUCUGGAUAUGACGCUACUACCAAUAAGAAGGUCAACAUUCUCGACAUCGGUACAGGUCCAUUACCAGUUUAUCCUUUGUUAAUAUCUAGAGUUUAUGAUAAUGCGGUCACAUAUGGUACAGAUAUUGAUAUAGAUUCGCUUGAAUUGGCCAAUAUAAAUACAACGAAUAACAAUUUAAACGAUAAUAUUAAGUUAUACAAAACUACUAAACAGGAUAAUUUGAUACCGUCAGUUGUUAUUGAUAACAUUUCUGAAAAUGAAAUCAAUUGCCAAUUAUGCAAUCCACCUUUCUAUGAGUCAAUUGAAGAGAUUAAACAUUUAGAAAAUUUUAAAUCAACAAAACCAAAAAGCAUGAACUUAGGUUCUUUCAAUGAGAUUGUAACAGAAGGUGGUGAAACCUCAUUUGUUAGCAAUCUCAUCGACGAAUCUUUGAAUAAUCAGCGCCUCUUCAAGUGGUACUCAAGUUUACUAGGAAAAUUCUCUUCUUUGGAGGUGUUGAUUAACAAAUUAAGGCAACUUAAUGUCAAUAAUUAUGCGUUAAAAGAAAUUACUUUGGGUUCUACUCGUAGAUGGGUUCUAGCUUGGUCGUUUUAUUAUGAUCGGUUACCAAAUCAUUUGAUGAGGAUUGAAGGUGGCACCUUUAAAAGUUUAAAUCCUCCUUCAAAUGAAGUGUACAUAAGCACUGACAAAUCAUUAGAUUAUUUAAUCAAUUAUGUCUUUAUCAAUAUUCAAAACCUAUCGAUAGAUUCAUACAAUGAUAAUUUUAUGCAAUUGACGCUCGUUGGUGACGAAACUUGGUCAAGGAGUGUUAGAAGAAAGUUGAUGAAAGGUGAAACACUACCAGUUGAUUCGAAUAAAAUAACAAAGCUGAGAUUCAAUUACGAUAGUAUGGAAUGUUCACUAAAAAUCACAUGGCUGUAUGGAAAUGAUAGGCAACUAUUUAUUUCAUUAUAUAAACACAUAAAUAGUAAACUUUUAAAUUAAUAUGAUCAUGGAAAAAUUUCAUCACAUUUAUUCAUUCCAGUCAAGAUAUGCACUAAAUUUAAACCAAUAUUCAAUGAAUAAUAAGUUGUUUUAUACCAUCAUUAUGUUUAAGUCGGCAACGCUUUUGGUAUUAUUGAGUUUAUCAAUUGAAUCGUUAGCGAAAGUUUUACCAACUGAACCUUCACCUGAUUCAAAAUGGGCUGUCGGUUCAAAGCAAACUAUUCAAUAUAAGAUUGAUAAUGACGAUAAGGAUACUAAAUGGGAUAAGUUUUCAAUUGAACUGAUGACAGGUCCUGAUUUAUACACAAUUUUUGUUGGUAAAGUUGCAGAAAACAUAACAGUUGAUGAUGAUGAAAAGAAAGGCAAAUUGGAGUGGACUUUACCAGAGACAGUAAAUCCACAUUCACAAAUUUACUUUUUGCAAUUCUAUAAUUCAGACAAUGCAACUGAUAAAACAUGGUCAACAAGAUUCACUAUUACAGACACUGAUGGAUCUUCUGUACCACCAGCUCAUUCAACACAACCAAAAUCUGGUAAAGAUACACCAUGGGGUAUUGGUCUUCUACAACCAGGACAUGUAGAUCAGGAUACUUUACCUUUGCAUCACAAUUACCCUGCAUCAGAUGCGGCAGAAGAGAAGAUUAAAGAUGGAGGUGGAUCAAAGCAGGAUGAAGUUGAGCCUGACUCCUCCGGAUAUAGUGCUUUCAAGACAUCUGCCCUUUUUGUCUCUGCACUUACUAUUGUAACAGUAUCUUUCUUGUAAAUUCCUAAUUAGUAAACCAACUCAAAAUACCUUUAAUAGAUAUAUUCAUUCAGCAUUAC